UCGGCCGUUGGCGGCCCAGACAAAAUGGACGCCGACGCCGCCUCAGCCUCAGCCGUCGAGGCUGGCCUGGCUCCCCCAAGCGCCGCCGCUGCUGCCGCCGCCUCGACGACCAGCCCGGCCCGCUCGGAAGGCGAGGAGGAGCCCUCCACCUCGGCCGCCUUCGCGCCCUCCGCCCCGGAGCCCGACCCGGAGGAGAAAAAUGAUCCUCCAUUUCAACUCAAACCACCUCCUAAGGUGUCUAAACCUGAAAAAGAAGUUGAUCCAGAGUAUGAAGAAAAGAUGAAAACUGAUCGAGCGAAAAGAUUUGAAUUUCUGCUGAAGCAGACAGAACUUUUUGCACAUUUUAUUCAACCUGCAGCCCAGAAAUCACCGACAUCUCCCCUGAAAGUGAAACUUGGAAGACCACGGAUAAAGAAAGAUGAAAAACAGUGUUUGCUUUCAGCUGGGGAUUAUCGCCACAGGCGCACAGAGCAAGAAGAAGACGAGGAACUGCUAUCUGAGAGCCGGAAAACUUCAAACGUGUGUGUUCGGUUUGAGGAAUCUCCUUCCUAUGUUAAAGGAGGGACCUUACGAGAUUAUCAGGUUAGAGGCUUGAACUGGUUGAUCUCUUUGUACGAAAAUGGCGUGAAUGGAAUUUUGGCAGACGAAAUGGGUCUAGGAAAAACACUGCAGACUAUUGCGUUGUUGGGCUAUCUAAAACAUUACCGAAACAUUCCUGGCCCACACAUGGUUCUGGUGCCGAAAUCAACCUUGCACAACUGGAUGAAUGAAUUUAAACGCUGGGUGCCAUCAUUGCGUGCUGUUUGCCUCAUUGGAGACAAAGAUGCUAGAGCUGCUUUCAUCCGUGAUGUUAUGAUGCCUGGAGAAUGGGACGUAUGUGUGACAUCCUAUGAAAUGGUUAUCAAAGAAAAAUCUGUUUUUAAAAAAUUUAAUUGGAGAUACCUGGUGAUUGAUGAAGCCCACCGAAUAAAGAAUGAAAAAUCAAAGCUGUCUGAGAUUGUUCGUGAAUUCAAGACAACCAACCGAUUGCUGUUGACAGGGACCCCCUUGCAGAAUAACCUUCAUGAGCUCUGGGCGUUGCUCAACUUCCUUUUACCUGACGUCUUCAAUUCUGCAGAGGACUUUGACUCCUGGUUCGACACUAAAAACUGCCUUGGUGAUCAGAAACUGGUAGAGAGACUUCAUGCAGUUUUGAAGCCCUUUUUGUUGCGGCGUAUAAAAGCUGAAGUGGAAAAAAGCCUGCCUCCUAAAAAGGAAGUGAAGAUUUAUCUGGGCCUCAGCAAAAUGCAGAGAGAAUGGUAUACCAAGAUCCUAAUGAAAGAUAUCGACAUUCUAAAUUCCGCCGGAAAAAUGGAUAAGAUGCGGCUGUUGAAUAUCCUGAUGCAGCUCAGGAAGUGCUGUAAUCACCCAUACCUGUUUGACGGCGCUGAACCUGGUCCACCGUACACCACGGAUACUCAUCUCGUGACCAACAGUGGCAAAAUGGUUGCCUUGGAUAAAUUACUGUCAAAGCUCAAAGAACAGGGUUCCAGGGUUCUUGUCUUCAGCCAGAUGACCCGCUUAUUGGAUAUCCUGGAAGAUUAUUGCAUGUGGCGGGGCUACGAGUAUUGUCGACUGGACGGGCAGACGCCCCACGAGGAGAGAGAGGAAGCAAUAGACACCUUUAAUGCUCCCAACAGCAGAAAGUUCGUUUUUAUGUUGAGUACGAGAGCUGGAGGCUUGGGGAUUAAUUUAGCAACAGCGGAUGUUGUUAUCCUCUAUGAUUCAGACUGGAACCCGCAGGUCGAUCUGCAGGCAAUGGAUCGUGCGCAUCGCAUUGGUCAGAAGAAGCCAGUCCGGGUAUUCCGACUCAUCACUGACAACACAGUGGAAGAGAGAAUUGUGGAGAGAGCUGAGAUAAAGCUGAGGCUGGACUCAAUAGUUAUACAGCAAGGGAGACUGAUUGAUCAGCAGUCGAAUAAACUGGCGAAAGAUGAGAUGCUGCAGAUGAUUCGGCAUGGCGCGACACAUGUGUUUGCUUCCAAGGACAGUGAAUUGACAGAUGAAGAUAUUACUACUAUUUUAGAAAGAGGCGAAAAGAAGACAGCGGAAAUGAAUGAACGUUUGCAUAAAAUGGGAGAGAGCUCCCUCCGGAACUUCACGAUGGACACAGAAAUGAGCUUGUACAAUUUUGAAGGUGAAGAUUAUAGAGGGAAACAGAAGCUGAGCAUGAUGGAAUGGAUCGAGCCUCCAAAGCGGGAACGGAAAGCCAACUAUGCUGUGGAUGCCUAUUUCAGAGAAGCCCUCCGUGUCAGUGAACCUAAAAUCCCAAAGGCACCACGGCCUCCGAAGCAGCCAAAUAUUCAAGACUUCCAGUUCUUUCCCCCACGGUUGUUUGAGCUUCUGGAGAAAGAGAUUCUUUAUUAUCGCAAGACCAUCGGCUACAAGGUCCCCAGGAAUCCUGAUCUCCCAAAUGCAGCUCAGGUGCAGAAAGAGGAGCAGCGGAAGAUUGACGAUUCUGCUCCGCUUUCAUCAGAAGAGGCAGAAGAGAAGGAGAAACUUCUCACCCAGGGUUUUACAAACUGGAACAAACGAGACUUCAACCAGUUUAUUAAAGCGAAUGAAAAAUAUGGGCGGGACGACAUUGACAACAUUGCCCGUGAGGUGGAGGGAAAGUCACCUGAAGAAGUUAUUGAAUAUUCGGCUGUCUUCUGGGAACGCUGCAAUGAACUUCAGGACAUUGAGAGAAUCAUGGCUCAGAUUGAACGAGGGGAGGCCAGAAUACAGAGAAGAAUUAGCAUCAAAAAAGCCCUGGAUGUCAAAAUUGCAAGGUAUAAAGCGCCUUUUCAUCAGCUGCGCAUUCAGUAUGGAACAAACAAAGGCAAAAACUACACAGAGGAAGAAGACAGAUUCCUAAUAUGCAUGUUGCAUAAGAUGGGAUUCGAUAAGGAAAAUGUGUAUGAAGAAUUAAGACAGUGUGUACGCAACGCUCCCCAGUUUAGAUUUGACUGGUUUAUCAAGUCUAGAACAGCAAUGGAACUCCAGAGGCGCUGCAAUACACUCAUAUCACUCAUAGAAAAAGAAAAUAUGGAAAUUGAAGAAAAAGAGAAAGCGGAAAAGAAGAAACGGGGCACAAAAGCGCCAGUGAAAAGAAAAGCAGAUUCUGCUACGGAGGGCACUGGAAAAAAGGACGCCAAGAAAGUGAAGACGUAAAACCGGGAAAGGGCGCUCCGUUUAAUAAAACUGCCGUAUUUUUAUCUCUCUCUCCCCUGCCCCUGUGUUUUGACACCGUCUGUGUAUUCAUGGUACCCACCGAACCUGCCCUCCCUUCCUGGUUUUAAUUUUUGCAAAUCUGUAUAUUUUACAAUGUCUUUCUUUACCUAAUAUGUAGCUUUAUAUUUUAUGCAUUCCGAUAUUUUUUGUGUCGUCGUAUUUUGUGAUUCUCAUGUGUUCAGCAAAAUCUACUCAGCCCUUGUUCUUCUGAAGCUGAGUUUUUAGCUUUCAUAUGUUUUAUAUGCUGCUGCUUUGGGGGGGGGUGAUAUCGCACUUAAUUAUGUAGUAUUGUUGUUGUUUGCUACUUUAUUUGAUUGUGGGAACCUAACAGAAUUAAAAUGACUGGAGGAAAAAAAAUCUUUUUCUGUGAUAAAUGUUUGCAACUCUG